AUGCCAAAAAGGAAAGUGCUGGUUGACCCAGUACUCGAACCGUUUCUAGGAAAGCUCGAAGACGUAGACGAUUAUCCGAGUUGUGACGCGAACAGCUCGCCGUCCACGUCGAUGGACCUGAGCGCGCAGAACAAGCUCAUCUGCGACGUCUGCGGCGACGUCGCCUUCGGCAAGCACUACGGCAUCAACGCCUGCAACGGCUGCAAGGGAUUCUUCCGGAGGAGUGUUUGGAGUCGUCGCCAGUAUUCAUGUCGUUUCGGAGGGGACUGUCCAGUCGUGAAGGAACACCGAAAUGUAUGUCGCUCGUGUCGACUGAAGAAAUGCUUCGAAGUUGGCAUGAAUCCGGACUCUGUGCAAAACGAGCGCGAUCGAAAUGUGAAAUCUGGCACGACAAUGCCGAUGACUCCGCUAGCAAACGGCAUCUACAAAAGAAAACGGAUUCGACCCGAGAUGAGCGAACAAUCCAGUCAAACUGAGCCGCCAAUGAGUCCUCCGCCUCAAUGCUCGGAACGGCAGGUGAAGGUGGAACGAGCUCCGACACCACCCGAGUGUCACGACCUCCCCACUCCGAGCUCAUAUGAUCUGUUCAACAUUCCUGAAACGCUCAUGACUCUGGAAAAUCAGGUUUUUUCCCACACACCAAUUGAAGCCGAUUACUCUAUAAAUGCCACCAAAACACAGAUAAACCUGCCUUUCGAAGUGGUGUUCCGAAGGCCUAUGCUAGUUAGCCCUCGAUAUCCGAUGCGAUUCACCGGCGAACGCAUUCUUACACCGGAAGACUUAAUUGAUGGAUGGCGACGUCAUUUCACCUAUUUCUCUGAUUGGUGCAGAGGAUUGGAAGAAUUUCAGAUGCUGAAUGAGAAGGAUCAGGAUAUUAUAGCUAGAAGGCGGCUGAAUCUUCAUGGAUGGUUAUGUCAGUCAUACUAUUCUAUGAAGUGUGGUGCACCUGGACUAUGCUUCCCGAAUGGCGCAUUUCAUCCCGUUGAAGGUGGACAUCCGAGCAUUGUCGAUUUUUACAAACAAUGUAUGCCUCGACUGAUGAGCUACGUUGUUGGACCAAUGCGUACGAUGGCUAUGGACGAUGUAGAAUUUGUUCUGCUCAAAGCAAUCCUUUUGUUUGCUGAAGACCAUGGGCUCAGCUCUGAGGGCAAAACGGUGGUUUCCAAAAGUAAGGAGCGCUUCUUAAAUGCCCUCUAUGCUUACGUAAGGAAUCAGAAAGUCGACAAUGCACCUCAUGCCACCUGUCGCGUAGCUAAGUUCAUGUUGCUGUUAUCCACACUCACCGCUCUGAAUCAUUUGAUGAAGGAAGAAGUGCAGAUGAUGAGUCUUUUCAACAUUAUUGAAUUUGACGAAUUGAUGCAAACCUGCCACAAAAGCACUCCACCUAUCUGCUCGUCGCCAUCACGAUGAGGAAGCUGAACAAAACAUUUUUUAACACAAGCUUCGAGAAUCUCGGUAUCGAAAGACAGAAUCAUAAUGCCUGCCGUGUUGGUUCAUGAUCAUACCAUCAUUCGUGUUUUUGUUAAGUCCUCUCAUUUGAAGCUUGUGAAGACGUCCGCAAUUAUUUUGUGAUCUUCAUAUUCGUGUACAAUUUCUGCAGGUAUUAGAAAUAAUUGUGAGAUCAGAAAGUCAGGAUUGACGAUAUAAGAGAAGUUCUGAGAGCAGUUUUGACUAAUUGUUCAAAUCUGGUCAUUUGACUCUAGUUUUUCUACAGUUGUACUGACUUCGUAUGGGUAAGGAAGACUACAGCAUAUUUUUCAUAGCAUGAAGUGCAGAAUAGUUAAUUACGAAGUCUUUAUGAGCUAUAUUAGUUCGCAUCACAUUGAUUCUAAUAAGUAUUGAUUCUGUGAUAAUUGUAUGAUUCGUUGUUAUUCUAUCGUAACGCUAUGCAAUGAUUGCAUAGGAAGGAGAAUAUGAAGUUUUAU